UUACUUCAGAAAUAUUGCAUUUAAGUUUUUGUUCCAUUUUGCAUUUUGUUUCCGAGUAUUUAAUACAAUAUAGCACAUGAUUGACAGAAAUUAAUUUUCUCUGUCGAACGUUCUGUAAGCCUAAAUCAUUCAGUGCGAAGUAGGCUAUGGCCAACCUGAACUUCCAACAGCCUCCAAGGAGCAUAGGAAGUCAAAAUCUCAGGGGAGGAGGAUUCAGCACAGGUUCUCUCUCAGGCCAUGUUACACCCACAUCAGGCAUGUUUCCAGGCUCUGCAGGCCUCACAAGUUCCUUCACCCCACAGCAGUUGUCCCCAAACAGGAAUCUGCAAAUGGGAAACCGUUUGUUUGGCAGCGGACAGAGAGCUUUUCCAGAUAGAAGGUCCAUACCAGGCCUUGGAGUCAGUAGUUCAAAUCCAGUGGGCAGCAUGCCAAGUUUUGGAAUACCCCAGAGUCGCUAUGGGUCUCAGGGCACUAUCAGCAACUUCCAUACUGUUUUUGGUGUUGGUAGUGGGGAGACAAGUACACCACCACUUCUUGACCUGUCAGAGUUCCCCUCGCUUACAAACAGAGCAGGCCAAGGUGAUCCCAUGCCACAGCCAAGUCCGAUGCCAGGCAAGCAGCCUUACGUUGGGAUGGUGAAGCAGCCAACAGCAGAGGCAAGUGAAUUCACAAUGAGUUCAGAAGACUUUCCUGCACUUCCUGGCACUCAGAACACAGAUGGACCAUCACCAGGUGGGAGUGUAUCAGGAGACAAAGGCAUCUCAGGGGGAGUUGGUUCAGAACUGGGUAACCAGGAGUCCACACCUACCAACAGAGCACCUGGUGCUGAGAAGUCACAGGCAGCGAAGAGGGGCAUUCAGACAUCUCCUGAUGGGAAAGUGACGCACAUCCCUGCAAGCAUGGUGAAGGACCAGUUUGGCAUGGUGGGGCUGCUCACCUUCAUAAGAGCGGCAGAAACAGACCCAAACCUUGUUUCACUGGCGCUGGGACAGGAUCUCACAGUACUUGGGCUCAACCUCAACUCUCCAGAGAACUUGCAUUCAAAUUUUGGUGGUCCAUGGGCAGAAACACCUUGUCGUCCGCAGGAUAUUGACUUCCACGUCCCACCUGAGUACCUCAUCAAUGCAACCAUCAGAUCUGGUGGUUGCAGGGAGAAGCUAGCGCCAGUGAAACUGAACCGGUAUAAAGAUGACUUGUUGUUCUACAUGUUCUACACCAAUGUGGGGGAUGUUCUACAGCUGGCAGCGGCGGCCGAGUUGUAUAGCAGGGAGUGGCGAUACCACACAGAGGAGAAGGUGUGGAUUACACAGGCACCAGGCUUGGGCGCUGUCGAGAAAACUUCUACUUAUGAGCGUGGAACAUACUACUUUUUCGAUGCCCAGAAUUGGCGCAAAGUAGCGAAAGAAUUUCACCUAGACUACAACAAGCUUGAAGGACGGCCACAGCUUCCUGCCAUCCUGCCUCCUCAACCUGUAUGACCACUGCAACCAGCACCACUGCAGUGAGGAACUGUUUCCUUGACACUUCUCUGUUCUCUCCAA